CAUCAUUUAAUAUCAGUUAUAGGAUUACAUUACUUAUCGACAUUCUCAUUAAUAUUUAUGUAUCGGACGACCUUUCAACUAAUGAUUUUUGGAAAACUUGUUUACAAACUUCUGUUACGUAUUUCAAUAUUAGUCAUUCAUUCAGGGUAGAAGACAUUGCAUUGUAUACUGUGAUUUAAUAAAAAAAUUAAAAAUGGUUAACGAAAAAGUAACAAAAAUUGUUUUAGUAUUGUGUUUUGUUGUUUUGUUUACUGGCAGCAAUGGCAUGGAAAUUUCUUGUUCGGAUAAAGGUUUUAUCUGCUUUACAGAUACGAAAUUUUACCAAUGUGUCCAUAAUAAUGGAAAAUACAUCAUUCUUGGAAGGCCACAAGAAUGCCCAUACGGAUUAUUUUGCAACGAUGGUUCUACGCAAGAAUGUGAAGAGCGGUUGAUUGAAAAAGAAGAAGAAAAUAAUAAUUUGUGAUGACAAAAACUAUUUGUGUUAAUAAUAAAUUAAAUUAUGCUGCCCAGUGUAUUUCUAGUAGUUUGGAGACAUUAUUUAUUAGUUUAUAUAUUUUUACGCGACUCCUGUAUACUUGCAUAAUUUUUAUAAUUUAAACAUCAAAAUCACGUGAAAACAGGAUUUAUAUUAUUUAUAAAAUAAAUAUUAACAAUUAUUUAAUAAUCUUUUUAAGAGUAUUCUUUGAAUUACCUACAUGAUAAAAAACAAAAGGAAUUGCUAAGAGUUUUUUUUAUAAGUAAUCUCUUUGAUAAUAAAAUUAUCACUAUCGCCAGCCAAUGUAAAUAUUUUGAAAAAAAAAAUGUUCCAACAAACCUACUUUUAAUUACCAAUGAUAGAGAGAAUAGAAGACAUCCAACUGAGCUGUUAUUUUCUGCCUCAGAUAACAUAAUCAUUAUUAAAUAUUUUAUUACCGUUUUCUGAUUUAUAAAUCGUUGGUUAAAAGUUGACCUAGUCAUUUAUUAUUAUUAAGAACAUCAGGGGGUGGGUGGCUCAUUGAUCAGAGUCAGUACUUUAUGAUCCAAAAGACGCAGAUUCGAAUCCCGCUGAUGACUGAUGAAUUUUUAUAUAAUUUAAUAAAUUAAAUAUUAAUUCUAUUGCAUAUGUAGGAUUUCCUACUCGACCAUUCACUGUUGGGUUCUAAUUAACAGUGCCGUGCCUAAAGUGGCGCUGGGAAACAGUAACAAAGCCUGGCGCAAAAAAAAACGCUAUCCAGUGAGUCAUUAGUUUCUUUCAAAUCACGUCAAUGACCCCAAUUUGGCAAGGUAGUGCGAUUGAUACAUAAUAUGAUAGGUUCUCUGAGAGAUAAUUAUUGAGAUAGAAUAAAGAGGACAGAUACUAUGACGAUACUAAAAGUGUCCGCAUCUUUGCGUUAACAUUUACGUCAUAUGUCAGACAUUCCUAGUACAAGUUUAAUAAAAUUGUAAUACAAAAUUUAGUUGGCAGUGGAAACAAAGUCAAAACGUUUUUUAUAAUAAAUGUUUUGACGGCCACAUUCAUCGAUACAAAGGUUAAUUCGACGUAAAAAAUUGAAAUUGAAAUUUCGUAUUACAAUUUUAUUAAAGUUGUACUAGAAAUAUAUGUUAGCUUUUAUUUAAGAAAAUAUUUUUUUCCUUCGAAACUAUGCGGAAUAUGUAAAGAGCUCUUAGGCUGAAAGAAAUGUGGUGCGUUAGGAAAAACCUCUUGAUAAACCCUGACAAGGCACAACUCAUAACCUUUACUCGGAAAACAAGGUUGGAGGUUUUAGAAACUCCGACUCUGUUUGGAGGAAGGCUAAACGAAACAAACCAAGUAAAAUAUCUGGGUCUAAUCUUAGAUAGCAAACUUACUUGCAACCAACACUUACAAAAAGUGACCAACAAAUGUAAAAUGUCUCUCAUUGUAGGGAGACAGGCAUUUGGAAAACAUGGGUAUUAAAACCAAAAAUGGUCCACUGGCUAUAUUUGGCAAUAACAAGACCCAUGAUAACUUAUGGAGCGGUUGUUUGGUAGCCAAAAGUAAACCAGAAAACAGCCCUCAAUACCCUCUCAGAAAUUCAGAUACUGACAUGCCUUUGUAUUACAGGAGCACUGAGAAAUACACCGACAGCCUCUAUGGAAAUCAUUUUAAACCUCCCACCCCUUGACCUAGUCAUAAAGGGGGAGGCCAGAAUGAGUGCAUACAGACUGAAAAUCUCCAACUACUGGAAUCCACUGGGACAUAUAAAACAUACCAGAAUAACACAUGAAGUAAACGAUUCUAUAUUAAACAUGGGAUCAGAUCACAUGACACCCCUCCUAACAGGUCAACUGCAACUGGAGCGAAGUAAAUAAGGAGAUAUAUAAAUAGCGGUCUCGUUCAGUAUACGGAAUUAUCUAAAACUAACAAGGGAACAGGCUCUGGCGUACAUGGACCCAAAUGUGACAUCAUCGUCUCACUGGAAAAACAUACCACUGUAUUUGAGGCUGAAAUACAUGCAAUCGAAUUGUGUGUACGAGAGAAUAUAAGAAGGAAGUACAAAAAACAAACCAUCCUAAUUCUCUCAGAUAGCCAAGCAGCCUUAAAGGAUCUUGAUUCAAACAGAAUCAAGUCAAAGCUUGUCUGGAACUGCGUUGGAACCCACAACAAGGUAAAACUAAUGUACCACGGCACAAAGGCAUCCAAGGAAAUGAAAAGGCUGAUGAACUCGCCAAAGAGGGAUCAGAUCCACCAUUCACAGGACCCGAACCUGUAUUUGGGAUUAGCAAAACCUCUGCUCGACAGGCAAUGAACAGGUGGAUAACCACAAAACACCAAAUUCACUGGCAACAGAUAAGAAGGCACAUAAUCAGAAAGCUCAUGCUAAGGCACGCAUGACUACUGAGGCACUACAACUUGUAAGACCUCAGUUAUCCACCAUUGCGGGAUUACUAUCGGGGCACUGCUUUCUGAAACACCUUCAUGUGAUGAGACUACACAAUAAAUAAAUAAUGUUUAUUGAGCAACUAUAAAUACAUAAGUGUCUCAAAAGGAAUGAAUUCGGCUAAGUCAUUUUUCAAUUCAUCCUUGUUGUCACAGCAAAAAAAAUGUUACCAAAAUAAUUAUUUUAAAUUUUAAACUAAAUCAUUAUCUUGAAAUGAGAACUUGCCUAAUAGUCUUAACAAAAUUAUUAAAAUUCAGAUUUAAAUAAUUAAGUUCUGAAUUCAAUAAUAAUGGUGCAACAUAACUAAAACAAACUUGGAAUUUUGAAGUUCUAUGCACUGGGGUUGUAAAAGUGUUGACUCUUAAAUUUACAUUGUGUAGAGUUGAUCUUCUUAGUAAGAUAUUAUGUAAAUACUGAG